AUGCAGGGGGCGCCUCCCCACUUGCUCCUUAUUCCUUGGGCCUUCUGGGCUCCUCGGACCUUCUCGUCAGCCGAAGCCAGGCGAAUUCUCAGCCGCCGAGAGGCGCGCAAGCCAGGUCAGGAAGGUCAAGGCCAGCCGGCUGCGGGGCCCAAGGAUGAAGACCCACGGCAGAGUGCAGCCCCCAGCCCUCGGGGCACCCCAGGCGAGGCGCCGUCUCUCUCCUGUGCUGUCUCUGGAGAGAAGAAGCCGCCAGAGGCCCCUGCAGGAGCCCCAGGGGCUGAUGCUGGCAGAGGGUGCCAGCCGCCGGGCUCGGGGGGGCCCCACAAACAGGCCACCCUGGCCCUGCCCAGGGCCCAGCCUCCCGGGGAAGGAGGUGCCCUCCACGCACCAGAAGACAGGCCCAGGAAGAGGCCCUGCUCUCCCGGGAAGCAGAGACGGCCUGCCGCGGCCGCAGCCGCCUCUCCUGGGGCCACACGCUCGGCCCCGGCCACCCAGAACCCCGCUGUGCCCUGCGGGUCAGGCCGGGGGCCCUGCCACCUGGCCAACCUCCUCAGCACUUUGGGCCGGAAUGGGACAAACUCAGACCGGAAGAAGAGACCACCAGAGGCGACCUGCCCCAUCCGGAAAAAGACUCGCACCCUCUACCGCUCAGACCAGCUGCAGGAGCUAGAGAGGAUAUUCCAAGAGGACCACUACCCGGAUAGUGACAAGCGCCGGGAGAUUUCCCAGAUUGUGGGGGUCACCCCCCAACGCAUCAUGGUGUGGUUCCAGAACCGCCGGGCAAAGUGGCGCAAAGUGGAGAAGCUGAGUGGGAGGGAGGAGAAGGCACCUCCUGCGGGCUCUGCCCAGGGCGCGGUCAGCGGGCACCGCGGCUCCGCAGCUGAGCUCCCGCCUGCUGGGCCCAGGGCCCCCGAGCCCAGCCCCUUCUCUCCGGGACCCCGUCUGGACGUCCUCCCAGAACCCCCCCUGUUGCUAACAUCCGACCAGACUCCAGCCCCCAUGCAACAGAGUGAGGGUGCUCAGAGGAUGGUGGUGACCCCACCACUCUUCAGCCCCCCUCCUGUCCAAAGACCCAACUUUCCUUUGCCUCUUGGGCCCAUCCCUGGCCCACAAAUGCUGCCUCUGAUGCUGGACACGCCUGGCAGGGACGGCAGCCUCAAGGAUGACCCCUGGGGGCCCAGCAUGGCGUCGCCGCACCCCUGCUCGUACCUGGAGGGGCUGGAGCCCCGCGACUACCAGCACGGCCCCCCGCCGGGGCCCUUCGCGGGCACGCAGCCCCCGCAGGCCCCGUUCCAGGACCUCCCCGCCUUCCCCUCCCCGUUGCCCAGCGCCCAGGCGUUCCCGCUGCUGGAGGAUGCGCUCUUCACGCUGCCCUACGGCGUGUCACAGGCCCCCUUCCCGGGGGCCGCGCCGGGACCCCUCCUGCUGCAGCCGCCAGCUGGGCCUCUGGGUGCAGGCCCCUGGAGUGACCCCUGCCUGCCAGACCUGUCCUUCCCUGGACCCUUCUGCCCACAAGCUGUGGGGCACCCCCAGGGCAGGGACAGCUACUUUGGGGAUCUGUUUCCAGCGCCCUAUGUGAGCAGGCAGCCGUCCCCUGGGGUGAUGCGGCUGACGGAAGGAGCGGGGCCCUCGCUCGUCCAGGCCCUGGAGCAGCGGCCGGCGGCCUCCCCGGAGGGGCAGCCCUCGGGCCCGGAGGCGUCCCGAGGGGAAGACAAGAAGAGCAGCGGCCCCUAG